AAAACGAGAUAUGACAAAUACAACUUGAAUCUAGUAUUUCUAAUCAGUGCCACGCCACUGGAGUCUAGAUGCAGGAUGUAGGCAAUCAUCUUAUACUCUAGGCGCAUGACGUCCUGUCACGGAGCUCCCCCUACUGUCGCAAUCUUGCGUGAUUGCGGGGAGCUACUAUUCCUUUACCGCAAGUGGACGUGCACUACAGUACCGGCAUCCAUGGAUGAGGUAGCAGCCGAUAUCCCAGUAUUUCCAGAUUAAGGAAUUCAUCUUUCGAUAAAGAAGUAUAUAAGGAAUCAGACUUGUCUCUCCAUCCAUUGCCACACCAGACACAAGUAUACAAGCAUUACUACGCCUUUAACAAGUAUACCGAACACACAAUGGCCUCCCCAGACGUCCAACUCCCCAGAUCUGUCCCGGCUUUCUCAGCCACCAGCGAAUCGGCUGCACCCGCGUCUCCAGCACCGCGUCACGUCGACACCGUGCUAAACUACCACAAGGAUGCAGAGGACGGCUCACCGCCGCACCCUACCUACGUAGACCGGCCCGAGACCCAGAACCGACCGUUCGAGUCUUUCCCAGUCCACAUUACGGAUGUAUCAGGCCGGGAAGACGAGUUCACCCUCGACAAGAACGGGUUCCAGUUCUACCGCCACGUUGCGCAGGAGAAGGACUUCCUGGAUGACGACCAUACCAAGGCGGUUUACUACCCCGAGACCGAGCAGCUCCUGAAGGAUGCAACCGGCGCAUCCAAGAUCUUCAUCUUCGACCACACCAUCCGGCGCAACCCAGCCGACCAGCGCGACGGCGGCCCUUCGCGCCGCGGCCCCGUAAACCGCGUGCACAUCGACCAGACGUACUCUGCGGCGCUGUCCCGCGUGCCGCACCACCUGCCCGCCGAGGAAGCCUCCGAGCUUCUCAAGGGCCGGGUACAAAUCAUCAACGUGUGGCGGCCGAUCAAGACGGUGCUGCGGGACCCCCUGGCGGUCGCGGAAGCCAACUCGGUCGGGGAGGAGGAGCUCGUGCCCAUCCCGCUCAUCUACCCGAACCGCCGGGGCGAGACGUUCGCGGUGCGAUACGCCGAGGGCCACAGGUGGUACUACAAGUACGGGCUGACGCCCGAGGAGGUCCUGCUCAUCAAGUGCUUCGACUCGAAGACGGACGGGCGGGCCCGCCGCGUCCCGCACACGGCGUUCGUGGACCCGACGAUCGGGCCGGACGUGCCGAAGCGCGAGAGCAUUGAGGUUCGCGCGCUGGUGUUCCAUCCUGAUGAUAGGGAUUGAAUACCUACCUGUGUAAAGGAGGAAGGGUUAGAUAAGGCACGUACUGUGCUGCCGAUGAGACGAAAUAGGUAGACGCUUUCUGGGUGUAAGAAGAUGAGGACGUGGCGUGUAUAGGAUACGGGUAGAUUGUCAUAUUAAAGCAACUUGAUAGGAAUGCGCUGUUAGAAAUACAAUAACAAUAACUACAUGUAUCUCUAAGAGUUUGGGAUUUAUAGGGGGGUAUAAACUCUUUCCAAGACUGCCUUGCCUACCUUGGUGU